CUGUUGUGGCAGGGCCUCGAUUGACAGUUCGUCAAGCUUUCAAUUGACCUGCCUACCUACCUACCGCACCUCGAUCCAACUUGUUCACUUCGGUGGAACACCGUCAACAGAUCGAUUACUCACUCAACCUCUGCGAGUUCAUAUCCAUCGUUUUCAUGUUGUACACUAUCCAUUGAUUGCUGCAUACUCCGCCCAUCGGUUGGCAGCUUAUCUCCCUGCAUUGCAGCUUCCAGCUCUACCGAAGCGAAUCACCUCAAUCGAUCCUUGCUUCCUACCCCUCCUCCCCACCAUCUCCUUCCCUCGUCUAUUUCAAGCCCAACUGGUGAACAGGCCAGUCCAAAGGGGCCUCCGAAAACCACAGCAAAUUACGCCGUUCCUAACAUUCCAGUAACCAGGGAACGUGCGCUUCCCUCGGCCGUCCAAAUGCCAACCUUUGGAGGUCUCCUCAAGAAGAAGAAGACCAAAGAGUCUUCGGAGGAUAAAUCGGCCAACAGCAGCGGGAACUACCAGCCCAUUCAAUACAAGUCUUCACAGAAAACUGAUACGUCCUCCUCUGCACCCUCACAAGCCACCUCCAAUGCACCCACUCAAUCGACUGCAGGCACCACCACGACCGUGACCUCUACCCCCGACCCCACCGCCAAACAGCCUGCAAGCAACGGCGCCAACAACAUGAACGUCGCCAACCUUGUCGCGCCUCCCUCGACCGGCGUGGUGGAUGGUAAAGGUGCCACCAGACAAACGAAAGGCAAAUACACACUGACCGACUUCGACAUCAAGAGGACCCUUGGAACGGGCUCUUUUGGACGAGUGCAUCUGGUCCAGUCGAAACACAACCAACGCUUCUACGCUAUCAAGGUUCUGAAGAAGGCUCAGGUGGUCAAGAUGAAGCAGAUCGAGCAUACAAACGACGAGAGAAAGAUGUUGUCACGAGUCAAGCACCCGUUCCUCGUUACCCUUUGGGGCACAUUCCAAGAUUCCAAGAAUCUGUACAUGGUCAUGGACUUCAUUGAGGGUGGUGAGCUGUUCAGUCUGCUGCGCAAAUCACAGCGCUUUCCCAACCCAGUCGCCAAAUUCUAUGCUGCCGAAGUGACGUUGGCCCUUGAAUACCUGCACGAGCAAAACAUCAUCUAUCGGGACCUGAAGCCGGAAAACUUAUUGCUGGACAGACAUGGGCAUGUCAAGAUCACAGACUUUGGAUUUGCCAAAGACGUGCCUGAUAUCACAUGGACAUUGUGCGGCACUCCGGAUUAUCUUGCGCCGGAAGUUGUUGCGUCCAAGGGUUACAACAAAUCUGUGGAUUGGUGGUCGCUCGGCAUCUUGAUAUUUGAAAUGUUAUGUGGCUUCACUCCUUUCUGGGACGGAGGAUCGCCGGUUAAGAUCUACGAAAACAUUCUCAAAGGACGCGUCAAAUAUCCGCCCUAUAUUCACCACGAUGCUCAGGAUCUUCUUGUCCAGCUAAUCACAGCAGACUUGACAAAGCGCUUGGGCAACUUGCAUGGUGGCCCUGCGGAGAUCAAAAAUCAUCCUUGGUUUGCUGAGGUAACAUGGGAGAGGCUAGUAAAGAAGGACAUCGAUGCACCAUAUGUGCCACCCGUCAAAGGCGGAGCUGGUGAUGCUAGUCAAUUUGACAAGUAUCCAGAGGAGACAGAGCAGUACGGAGCCAAGGGAGAAGAUCCGUUCGGACACUACUUCACGGACUUCUAGGCUGGUUCCCGCUGUUCGAACAAUGAUGGCGAAACACUGCUCAACAGCAGCUCAGGUACCAGAGGAAGAGCUGCUAAGGGAAGGGCAGAUUGGUAUGCAUUAUGCCUGCAGCAAUACGUUACUCACCGCAUUUUUGGGAACAAUAACUGCCGCUGAUUCCGUGGUACGUGUAUACCAGUUUGGGCCGGCCGUCCGCUUGUGGUGGGAGUCUGCCAUCAUGCACCUCAUUGAAUUAUCUGCAACGUUCCAGGCUCGUCGGUGUCGCAUGUACCUGGGCUUUUCCAGGUUGUGGAAGUGGAAGGUUGUUGUGGAAGGGUGAUGUCCAGCAAUGGACUGAUAUUGGUGACUCCAAGGGAGUUUGUAGUGUACACGAUGAGACGACAAGCCCUGAAAAGUGACGAGAUCCAGACUGGUCUGUUGCUCUCGGAGCGCCCCUGUGCUUCUGUGCUAGUCUGCAUAACAAAGAAAUGAAGUCCUUACCUAACUAA